CGAACUUGGAAGCUUUUGUCCAGGUCGAUUGGCCUCUGCGCCCACGCCAUCGCCUCGCAGCUACUGCAUGCAGACAUCCCCCUCAUCCUAUCCGGUAAUCCCCUUUCCCACCUCUCCAUGCCCCCGAACGACCCGUCUUGGGAAGGUUGCAGUGAUGGAUGGUCGGGGAGAGGCUCAGCCUGCCAGACCGGGGCGCUCAAGCAGGCAAAAAACCACAAGGACCAAAAAAAUGUUGAAGUGCUUCUACGCGCGUUCCACGACUUGUUCUGUGGGGCUCGCCGCCGCUUCCUCCUUGUCCGGACAUCCCGUGACAAGGAAGCAGGGCGUUUCGGACGCAUUACAACGCUCGCCGUUUUGGGAAAUUGUCGCUGCUCCGCUGGCCGCACCGCCGAAUGAGGAGUUGGAGGAGGAGGAGGAGCCAUCGUGUGUGGUUGGCUGCCCUGCCUUGUGUCUGCCCCGGCCGCCGCGCCUUUGCGUCCCCAGUCGAUGACGCGACAAAUCCCCCAUAGGCAGGUGUUGGAGAGGGAGGCGGAGCCGACAGGGCAUGGGCCAGAGGCAGCCGCUAUCGCCUUCACCCUCCCCGAUGGCGGCGCGGCUCCAUCUUGGGAUCGAAUCGUAAACUCCUCCCACAGGUUCCUGAACCGGAUAUGCCGCCCAGCUCCCCUCUGGAGGAGGCGCCAUUUCGUAAUAGGCAAGUCGAAAGAGCAACCCCCCGGCUGCCUUGCUCGUAUCUUGUUCUUUGGGCUUCUAGCGGCCGACUUGGCCAGCCCUCCCGGUGGAGAUGGCAUCAUGCUUGCGCUUGCCUCGCCCCUGUUUCUAUUGCGUUUUUUUUCUUCUUGUUUCCCGGGUUAAUCUCCUUGAAUCUUGGAUCGGCGGUUCCGACUCUGGGGGAAGCGCGCUUGCGAAGACGAAAAAAGCCCGACAAACUGUUUGGUUUCUCGGGAGGAUUUACCCCCCUACAACCAUCUCCCUAUUUUCCGGUCCAUGUCUAGGCGAGCCCACAAACGAAACCUCCAGCGUAGGAUUGUUGAUGCGUCGAGGCGCCGUUUAUUUGUUAAUGAUUUUUUUUUUUUGUCAUUUAUCGCUUUUCUCACUUUCUCCCCAUUGGAAGCCUAGGGUCUUAUCAGCGUGUUUGAUGUCGUAGCUCAGCCCAGUCUCCCUUCCACAUUCAUUGGCUCAAGGGGCACAGCCAACCAAAUUCCAGAUGCCGCACAGUGGUGUAUUCGCC